AUGGAAUCUCUGCUCCAGCAGUCGCGCUCGCUCUGCCCGUUCCUGAAGAAGACGGCCCCGGCAACCCUGCGUGCGCUGUCCACCACCACCCGCCCCAGCUCCAGCGUCGUCGGAGGCACCAUCACCAACCUGCAGGUCGUCGCCAGGCGCUGUCCCGUCAUGGGCAAGGCGCUCGCCGUCCAGAGCUCCCGCAUUGCCCUCAGAGGCGAGGCCAGGGCGUUCGGCUCCUGUCCGCGAUCCGCCGGGGCCGCCAGCGUCGUCAGGGAGAACCUGCGCCGCAGCGUCAAGCACCAGGCCUGUCCGGAGUCGAGGAGAGGGCUGCAUACCACCAGUGCUCAGGCGGCCGUCGUCGACCAGCAGUCCCGCGGAAAGGACCGAGUGUACCCCGUUCACCCACGAUCUGGAAGUGAACAGCUGAACCGCGCACGAGAGACUCCCUUUGCAGGCCCCAAGCCCGCCAUCCCAGCGACGACCGCCAAAUUCGACUAUGAAGGCUUCUACAGAGGCGAGUUGGACCGCAAGCUCAAGGACAAGUCCUACCGCUACUUCAACAACAUCAAUCGUCUGGCCAAGGAGUUCCCGCGUGCCCACAUGGCGUCUCCCGAGGACAGAGUCACCGUCUGGUGCGCCAACGACUAUCUCGGUAUGGGCCGUAACCCUCAUGUGCUCAAGAGCAUGCACGAUACCUUGGACAACUACGGUGCCGGUGCCGGUGGAACACGCAACAUCUCCGGCCACAACCAGCACGCAGUCGCAUUGGAGAAGACGGUGGCAGACCUGCAUCGAAAGGAAGCUGCGCUGGUCUUCUCCUCUUGCUAUGUUGCCAACGACGCUACCCUGGCCACCCUCGGUAGCAAGCUGCCAAACUGCGUCAUCCUCUCGGACAGCCUGAACCACGCCUCCAUGAUCCAAGGGAUCCGUCAUUCAGGCGCAAAGAAGGCUGUCUUCAAGCAUAACGAUCUCGAGGACCUGGAGAUGAAACUUGCCUCUUUGCCCCCUGAUAUCCCCAAGAUCAUUGCCUUUGAGUCUGUUUACAGCAUGUGUGGCUCCGUUGCGCCCAUCGAAGCCAUCUGUGACCUGGCAGAGAAGUACGGCGCCAUCACUUUCCUGGACGAAGUCCAUGCCGUAGGCAUGUACGGGCCUCACGGUGCCGGUGUUGCAGAACACCUCGACUUCGACACCUACGCAGACCCAACGGCCAGCGUCAAGGGAACAGUCAUGGACCGUAUCGACAUCAUCACCGGUACCCUGGGUAAAGCCUAUGGCUGCGUGGGUGGCUACAUCGCCGGAUCUGCCUCCCUCGUCGAUACCAUCCGCUCCCUUGCUCCCGGAUUCAUCUUCACCACUUCCUUGCCUCCAGCCACCAUGGCCGGCGCCACUACUUCCAUCAACUACCAAUCCAACUACUCCCGCGACCGCACCAUGCAACAACUCCACACUCGCGCCGUCAAGGCGUCCCUCGACGCAAACGACAUCCCCGUCAUCCCGAACCCAUCACACAUCAUUCCCAUCCUCGUCGGAGACGCAGAGCUCGCUAAAAGGGCCUCAGACAUGCUUCUGGAGGACUACGGCGUCUACGUCCAGGCCAUCAACUACCCGACCGUCCCCCGUGGUGAGGAACGACUCCGCGUCACUCCCACGCCAGGACAUACGAAGGAAUACCGCGACCAUCUCAUCCAGGCUCUCAAGGGUGUAUGGGAACGUCUCGGCAUCCGCAAGACCAGCGACUGGAAAGAGGCAGGCGGCUUCUUGGGCGUGGGCGAAGCCCAUGAAGAGAAGAACCUCCCGCUCUGGAAGGACGAGCAGCUCGGUCUGGCUGCCGGUGAGGAGCUGGAGACUACCAUCGCCCGCGAACUAAAGGCCGAGGAAUUGCAUAGACAGCAGAUGAUGCGUCAGCUGGCUGGUGGUUGCGCUACCGAGGCGAAGGAAGGUCGAGUUGAUCAUCUCAACAUGGCCAUUCCGGCCUCUGCGUGA